UCGAAACCGACCUUAGCCAACGCAGCCAAAGUCUACUUGCAUUUCUCCUUGUGGCCACUAGUUUUGAAAUGUUCAUCAAGACAGUUCAUUUUGUACACAUAGACAGUGCGUCGCUGUAAAGAGUGGGGGAGCAUGGGUUGAGCUCUCACGUAGUAACGUUAGCUACAUCGCAUAAUUCGUGAAAAGGAAUAUAGACAGGUUUACAUUUUUGGAACUGAUGACCACACGAUUAAGGUUAGAGCUGGAUUCUCGGUCACCAAGGGUAACAUGUGAUGUCCAUAAUACUGUUUUAAAUGGUUGCAAGCAAUGAGAGGAAACUUGUGUGAGAUGCCAGCAGUUGUUAGCUAACUAGGCUAGUUGACUAGCCACGCAGCAUCAUCCGUCCUUAUCAGAAUGUAGCAGCGAUGGUUCGGUGAAGAUUUUUGGCGCCGCACCACUGAAUUGCAAUCAGAAGGAUUCGUAUCGAUAGCGGAAGAACAGUAGGCCCAAAAUCAUGAUGAAGAAAAAGAAAUUCAAGUUCAAAGUGGACUUUGAGCUGGACGAGCUGUCCUCCGUUCCCUUCGUCAACGGUGUCCUGUUCUGUAAAGUCCGACUGCUGGACGGCGGCUUCUCCGAGGAAUCCUCACGGGAAACUGUGCAGGCUAACUGUGUGCGCUGGAAGAAGAGGUUCACCUUCCCUUGUAAAAUGAGCGCCAGUGCCGGUACAGGAGUGUUGGACCCUUGUGUUUGUCGCGUGUCUGUCAGGAAGGAGCUGAAAGGGGGGAAGACCUAUGCAAAGCUGGGAUUUGCGGAUCUGAAUCUGGCUGAGUUUGCUGGCUCUGGCAGCACCAAGCGCAGGUGUCUGUUAGAAGGCUAUGACACCAAAAACACUCGCCAGGACAACUCCAUCCUGAAGGUGAUCAUCAGCACACAGUUGAUGUCUGGAGAUCCCUGCUUUAAAACACCUCCGUCUACCGGCACAGUAUUGGGGGUUCAAGGAGAUGGAGAGCGACUCCUAGAGGAGAGGAGAGGAGGCGACCAACAGAAACCUUACUUGGCCAUUACAGAGGCUGCAGGCAGAUGUGCCUCUCUCCCAGAGGAACUGGGGGCCUGUGGCCACUCCCGGACCUCCAGCUACGCCAGUCAGCAGUCCAGAGUAUCAGGGUACAGUACAGGCCACUCUCGCUCCUCAUCUGUGUCAGAGACUUCCCACCGCAGAAACACCUCCGUGGGCAGCGCUUCCACAGGGAUCGCCAGCAUCCCCGAGCCCAACGAACCAGCCCAGCAGCCAGGCACGCCAGACCGCGGCGCCAACAGGCAUCCAGUAAAGCAGGAUUCCAUGGAGUCUCAGAUGAAGAGGAUGGAUGCCACGCGGGUAGAUGCUGAUGACGUGGUGGAAAAGAUCCUCCAGAGUCAGGACUUCACUCCCAGCAUGCUUGACUCCAGCACAGAGGAGGAGGGACUGCGUUUGUUUGUUGGACCUGGAGGAAGCACAGCGCUUGGCAGCCAUCACUUACCUGCCAGCCGGGUUGGAGCUGGAUCCUACGAGCAGGUGGUGAUGAAGCGUUAGUGCCAAGCUGCACCAGGCUGCACCAGGCAGAGGAGAGGCGCCUACCUGAGUCCUGAACGAGGGGCGGGGGGGUAGAUGGGACGGGUACACCAGGACUGGUUUACUGGGGCUUAAAUCUCUUUUCAUUCCAGCAGCACAACACCACACUAGGUUACAAGCCAAUAUUAUCAUUACCAAUUAAGAAAUUAGUGGCGGUUUUUGACAAAAAAAAAAAAAAGGUACCGAUGAACCGGCCAGUUUUGGGAAGGAUAUCACUAAUGAACAAGCCAAUAGAGAGCUUAAAAAUAUCCUUUGAGUGUUGAGAAACAGCAAGCUGUAGCCUGAAGCUUAGGAACCUUCUGUCUAUUCACUAAAGCCAUAAGUGAUGUGUUUAGUAGGACAUUGUGCGUGUGUAUGUGUGUGUCUGUUGUGCGUGUAUGGUUCUCAGGACCAUUAAGCAACGUGACUGGGGCUAGCACAGCUGGCCUGUGGUAAGCCUGCUUGUGAGGGACUGUCUGUGGAGGUACCCAUAGUGAUAGUUAUCUAAGUAGGUCCUCUUAGAGGACAUGAUGUUCCAGAAUCUCCUUCAUCUGGGAACUGGACUCCCCUCUCGGGAAAGGGCGUGAUGCUGUCCAGUUCUUGGGGUGGCGGUUACAUUUCUGUGGAGCUGGAUGUAAUAUGUAUCUUGAUACUGUGAUGCCAUUGAACGGUUGCCAAGUAUCGAUCAGGUUUGGAGCGGGUCUGGGCGUCCUUUCUCCUCUUCAAACGACGUGCUUGUUCGCAGUUAGAGUGGAAAGCUUUGACCAUGCUGGAAGCGUAUUCCAGGGCAGUUAAUCUCUGAAGUCUUUGUGGAUUUUACAAGACAAAUUAUUCUGACAUCAUAAACAAUAUAUCACACAAUACUAAAAAAGUACAGUGUCUGUACCAGUGAUUUUUACUUGUUUACUUGUGAAGUAAUGCUCGGUGUUAAUAUCUCAAUGGCGGGGGGUGGGGGGGUACCGACCCCCCCUGAAAAGAUUCCUGUGUAUUUUAAUGUUAAUAACAAGUAAACAUCUCAAGAUUAUCGGUUAAUAUCUGCACAAGUAUCAUCAGUGUUGUGUUUUAUAACCUCAACUGUGAACUCAUUCAUGAAGUGUGUUUGUAAUGUCUGGUGUGUGUGCACCAUGUACGUAUGCUCUACCUCUGUUGUAAACCAAGGCCUGAGCAGUGAAGUGUUCAUUCGCUUUGAUAGCCUGUUUAGCUAGACUCUUGUGCUGCUGUUGUCUGCUCGUGAUUCUUACUGUCAAGCCUUACUAUCCUGUGUGGAAAGUCACCAUAGUGGGAAGCACACCAGCCUCCCUCAGAGAGCUCUUAAGAGAAGCAUCAUGUUGGCACCCAGCAAUCUCAAAUACCAAAUGUUAUUAAAGCAGAUAUUUAAGUUGCAUUAAUUCUUGGAAGUUGAGUUAUUCGCCUAGACAUUUUUUUUUAGACCACAAGGUUGUGUGCGCGAUGACACUAUGCAGACUGCCCAGUGUUUCAGAUUGUUGCUGCAGGGAUUAUUACAUCUGAAUUCAAAUGUGUUUACUCUUUCAGUUUACAUUUUACAAUGAUACCGUUGAUGUAGCCAUAAUAAUGCCUAAAUAAACAGCUUAAACAGGAACAAAAAACGUAUAUGACAGUUAAACAUCUCCCCAGUCUAGUGUAAUAUAUAUUGAUGCCGUUCACAGAUAGACUAACAAAGCAUGAUUAUUUCAAAUAAGCUACUCAAAGUGAGUGCCCUCUGGUGUUGUCAUCUGGAAAUGCUUGUGGAUG